AUGACUGACUUCAAAAUAGAAAUACUGACAGCUGACCAACAAGAAAAAUUUCAUGCUGUCCACCAGCAGCUGCAAAACGAUUACACGAGUUAUCUCGAUUAUAAAUUGAAUAAAUUAAAUCUUCCAGAUCCAACUGAGAAUUAUCUUUCUAAAAAUGAUUAUUUGAACGAGGAAGAACAUGAAUGGAAGUUUAUGAUCCAUCGGUAUUUACGCGGGCGAAAAUGGAAUGUUACUCAUACAUUGAAAUCGAUACGUGAUACAAUUCAAUGGCGUCAGGAAAAUAAUGUUGAUCGAAUUCUAUUAGACACACCACAGGACGAUAUAGAUCUUUCAAAACAAUAUGCACCCUAUGCAAAUCAUGGUUUUACACGACAGCAUAGUCCAAUUUACAUUGAAAAAACAGGUAGAGUCAAACUCAACAAAUGUCUCGAACGUUUCUCACUUGAUCAACUUGUCAAAGGACAUAUCUACUUACAAGAAUUUAACUGCCGUCGUGCACGUCAGAAAUCGCGUGAAUGUGGACAACAUGUUGAGACAAUCGUUACAAUUAUGGAUUUUGAUGGAUUGGAAUUGAUGACUGGACGACGAGCUCUUCCACUUUUAAAACAAAUUCUUAACAUAGAUAAUAAUCAUUAUCCUGAGCGAAUGGGUCAAGCCUUUUUAUUGAAUACACCACGAUUUUUUCCAGUUCUCUGGAAUAUGUGUAAGAGUUUUGUUGAUCCAGUAACAGCUUCAAAAGUUUUCGUUUUGAAAACAAAUGAAGAAGCAACUAUACUUCUGCAGCAUAUUGAUAGCAAUCAACUUCCUCAAGAAUAUCAAGGAACGUGUCAAUCAUGUCCAACAGCACCGAACUGUGUUCCGGUUUAUGAACUACCGUAA